UUCAGAUAUAGUGAAUAAUUUUUCAACCUUCUGAAGGUUGAGAAAGAUCUGAUAAAAAAUAUUAUUUGAAUCAAAAUACACAUCAUAAUUGAAAAAAAAAAGUUUUUUCUUGUUACAAAUUUAGUAUACCGUAGUAUUACCUUACCUGGAAAACUCAAAAAUAUGUAUAAUAUUUAUUUUUAACCUGGUAGCAACAUGCCAAGGGGGUGCUAUAGCACACUAGCACCCCUCUGGAUCCACGUCUGACUGAAAUACCCAAACUUUGUUCAUUACAAGUUUAUAAAAAAUAAAAAUGGAAUUGUACUUUAAAAAUCUAUUCUAUAUCUGUAAAUUACCUGGAAUCCAAUACAACAGUGAACAACAGUUAAAAGCUAUGGAUGAUCUCCGCCAAUCUUUACAAAUGAAAAGACAACUAUUAUUAAAAUAUAGACAUAUGUAUUCAUUUGAUGUGCCUAAGUAUUGAGAUAGAAUUUAACAAUAAAAAUAAUGUGUUCUUG